AUGCAGUGUGACGUGGGGCAUGUACUGUGCUCGCCGUGCCGUGACAGGCUCAAGGACAAGCGCAGGUGCCAUGUGUGCCGUGGCCGCACCACCGGUGGCUUCCGCCGGUGCCACGCCAUGGAAAGCGUGGUGGAGUCCGCCCGCGUCGCGUGCCCGAACGCGGCCUGGCGGAGCCCCGGCGACGCCUGCAGUUUCGUCGUCGGCCGGAUGGAGGUGCUCCUGGUCCACCUCGCCGACGCCGGCGUCCACGGGUGGCCGUGCUCCGCCAGGGUCAGGACCUGCGAGAUGUCGAGCCGCAUCCGCCUCAAGGACGGCUUCAACUUGAGCCGCGCCGUCUCCGUGCUCCUCCACCCCCGCGCCGCCGCCGUCGACGACCAGCGCCCGUGCUGCUUGAAGAAGAUGACUUGCGAGCUCAUCACCAACUCUAUGGACGACUGGCUGCAGACCAAGUUCGUGGUAACGUGCGCGGAUCUCUCCGGCGGGCGGCGGCACAACCCGGACGAGCGGUUCCAGGUCGUCGUGCCGGAUUGCGUUCUUGAUAACGGCGAGAAUGCUCCUAUCAGCGUUGAGUUCUGCAUUCAAAGAUUCCCUUGA